AUGAGCUCCACGCCCUGCGCCUGUUGUGUUCGCUUCGUCUCCCUCAAAAAGCACGAGAACCCGGAGCCGAGCAGUAAGAACGAUGCGGCCCGUCCAUCGGAAGACCAUCGAACUGGAUACCUGUCUCUCGACACUUCACAAUCCUUCGACUUCGGAUUAUGGACUGCGAGCACCGAGUCGAGACAAGUCAUCUGCAGACACGUCCUAAAGCAUGCUUCCAGAGAAGAGCUCGGAAGACAUGCCAUGCUCAGCCGUAUGCAUAUCAACGGAGAGGAUAUCGUCUUCGACGUUUUCAAUCAGGUCAUUACCUGCUUUCGAGUACCACAAGAUGAACACCUCAAUGUCGACGAAGCGCUAGAGGUUAUAACAUACACCUCGAAAGGAACCAGAUCAAAAUUUACGCAGUUUGUUGCGUUCGAAUGCGACGAAUCGUGGGAGCUUGAUCGUACACUGGGAGACGAUCCUCACGUCUUACAAAAGAUGAUGAAGAUGCCAGGGUCUCGAGGCGCGUGUCUCAGGACUAUCGACAAAAUAAUUAGGGAGAGGCUACAUUGCCACAUUCAUCUUUUCAUAGGCAACAAAGAUGCUUGUGCCGAGCCUCUCAACGAGUGGCAGCUUCAGUCUCUCGGCAACUGGAGACCCCGCAGUUUCCACAGCGACGGUUACAAUUUCACGUCCCCGUCGAAAUUUGACGAUUCUCUCUCUCUCCUCCCCCACGAUCAGAUAGCGAUUUGGAACAUUGCUACAUCGUUCAUUGACCUGUUGGACAGCAAAGGAAAGGACCAUUGGGACCCCAAUGGUGCAUAUGAGAAGAAGCUUCUAGAGUUGUAUGAACCAAACUUUUCGAAUUAUGAAGAAUACUGGGCCUGCGAGAAGGCGGUUUCGCCAAGCAAACUUGUGAGCGAGUACAUCUGCGAACGGAUUCCGACACCGAAUGUAGGGUAA